ACAGUCCCUCGGGGAUAUGCGCUAAACUCUCGUCUUGCCAGCUGGGUUGCCGAACAACGUAAACAGUACAAACUCCUGAUUGAUGGAAAACAAAGCAGUAUUACCCCGCAACGUAUAGCGCUACUGAAUGAACUUGGUUUUGCAUGGAAUGCCCAGGAAGCCGCCUGGGCUCGCCAUAUGGCUGAUUUAGAGCACUUUCGAUCCCAGACAGGGCACUGUCACGUUCCACUCAACCACCCAGUACCCCCUAAGCUUGGCCUUUGGGUCAAGGAGCAGCGUCGGCACUUUGCUUUGCUAAAACAAGGGAAACAGUCACAUAUGACUCCCGAGCGUGCUCGAGAGCUCGAUGAGAUUGGCUUCUGCUGGGACACCCAUGAAGCCACUUGGCUAGAGAGGCUUCGUGAGCUUACCAAGUUUAAAGACGAACACGGGCACUGUCUUGUUCCCACAAACUUCAAUGUCAAUCCGAAGCUAGGAACGUGGGUCCACCACCAACGAAGGCAGCACAAAAAGUUUCGGGAAGGAAAGACUUGUCACAUUACCCAGGAGCGGAUUGCCGCGCUUGACCAUCUUGGAUUUGUAUGG